AUGGCACGCAUAAAUAAAAACAGAACCACUCCAACCAGGAGAAGAAGAAGAACAUUUGUGAAAAGAUCACCACCCGAAAUUCCUCCAUCCCCUGUCAGAGGAAGCGAAAAACACAUCAUAGAAGGUUCUAGUGGGCUUAUACGAAAUCAGCCUGGUGACCCUGUGAUCAAGAAGAGAAGAAAGCACAAGGCUGGAACUGUUGCAUUACGAGAGAUUAAGAAGUACCAGAAAAGUACGGAUCUUCUUAUUAGAAAACUUCCGUUUGCAAGAUUAGUGAGAGAAAUAGUGCAGGAUGAUUUUGGAACAGAUGCCUCAUACAGAUGGCAAUCAAUGGCAAUAUUGGCUCUUCAGGAGGCCAGUGAAGCAUAUUUGGUGCAUUUGUUCGAGGACACCAAUUUGUGUGCAAUCCAUGCCAAGAGAGUUACUAUAAUGAGGAAAGAUAUGCAUUUGGCCAGAAGAUUGCGUGGAGAUUGA